AUGCUCGCACGCGUCCAGACGCCCGCGCUCCUCGCCGUGCUGCUCAUUGUCGUGCCGCUGCUCGUGGCGGCAGCACGCGACUGGUACGACGUGCUGGGCGUGUCGCGGCAUGCCUCCGAGCGCGACAUCAAGUCGGCGUACCGCAAGAAGGCCCGGCACAUCCACCCCGACAAGCACCCCGACCGUGCGGACGAGUUCAUGGAGCUCACCGAGGCGUACCAGACGCUCAGCGACCCUGAGCUGCGCUCGAUCUACGACCGCUACGGCGCCGAGGCGGCGCAGCAGCACCAGAACAAAAAGGAGAGCGGGCACCAGGACCCGCUCGACCUCUUCCGCCAGUUCUUUGGCGGCGGCGCCCAGGAAACGACCGCCAAGGGCCCCACCAAAAUAUACCAGGCGUCCGUGCCUCUCUCCGACGUCUAUAACGGCCGCUCGUUCACGAUUGAGCACGAGCGCAUGGUCGUGUGCCCCGCCUGCUUCGGCUCCGGCGCUCACUCGCCGGCGCACAUCCACACGUGCUCGCAGUGCCACGGCCGCGGCGUGCAGGUCCUGCGGCAGCAGAUCAUGCCGGGCUUCGUGACCAAUGUCCAGAUGCAGUGCCCCCACUGCCACGGUGCCGGCCGCACGAUCGCAAAACAGUGCGGGCGCUGCCGCGGCGAGCGCGUGCUGCAGGACAAGACGGACAUCGAGGUCGAGGUCGAGGCCGGCGCGCGCGAGGGCUUCGAGUACGUCCUCGAGGAGAUGGGCGACCAGAGCCCGGACACGGAUCCCGGCGACGUCGUUGUCAAGGUCACGUCCGAGGCGGGCCCCGGCGACCUGCGCCGCCUCGGCCACAACCUGUACACGACCGAGGCCCUGUCGCUCCACGAGGCCCUCCUCGGCUUUGACCGCACAUUCCAGCACUACGACGGGCACACGGUGCGUCUCCGCCGCGCGGACGUGACGCAGCCCGGGUUCGUGCUGCGUGUGGAAGACGAGGGCAUGCCGAUUCCCGUCGACGAGCGCGAACAGGCCGGGGGCCGCACGCACGGCGACCUGUUCGUCGAGUUCCACGUCGUGCUGCCACACCUCGAUGCGCAGAAGCGCGCGCAGCUCAGCGAGGUGCUCGCGCCGCCCGUCGCCCACACGGAACUAUAA